UUUACUGUUCGAAAAUGGCCGUUUUUUAUUCGACCCUGAUUGAGACUACACUUCUGGUGUCUCUAAUAUUCGUCCCUUUUGGGCAGUGCUUCACCGUGAUCGUGUCGGAUUCCGGCUUAGUGGACGCUCCGCAGACUGCAUAUUCCUUGAAUAACGAUCACGCACGCACGGACCCGCGCGAGCAAGAGGCGGUGUACGAGGUUAUGAGAGCCACCGGGAAUGAUUGGGCGACUGAGAUUCCCGACGUUUGUCGGGGGCGAUGGCACGGGAUUGAAUGCAUGCCCGACAAGGCCAAUGUGUACCACGUUGUCUCGCUUUCGUUCGGGGCUUUGUCGGACGACACGGCGUUUCCGACCUGCGACACUGCCCGCCCCUUCAUUUCCCCCGCCGUCACUAAGCUCCUGCAUUUACGGACCUUGUUCUUCUACCGUUGUUUCACCGACAAUCCCCAACCAAUUCCCCCGUUUCUCGCCCAACUCGGCCAGACUCUCCAGACACUUGUUCUAAGGGAAAACGCCCAUGUCGGCUCCAUCCCUAAUCAACUGGGGAACUUAACGCGUCUGAGGGUUCUUGAUUUCCAUGGAAACAAUCUCAACGGUUCAAUACCGGUUUCCCUGAGCAGGAUUUCCGGUUUAAGGUCGUUGGACUUGAGCAGAAACAAACUGGCCGGUUCAAUCCCCAAUCUAACAUUUCCUCUGUUACAAAUUCUUGACCUUAACCAAAACCAUCUUGUGGGUUCAAUCCCAACCGCUCUCAUUAACUCCCACUCUCUCAUAAAGAUGGAUUUGAGCCGGAACCGUCUCUCCGGCCGGAUUCCGGACUCCAUUGACGCCCUCAAGAACAUAAUACUAAUGGACUUGAGCUACAAUAGUAUCACGGGUCCGAUUCCCACCACUCUCAAGAACUUGGAUUUUCUGCAGGCUUUGCUUCUCAGUGGCAAUCCCAUGUUGUCGGAUACACUGCCAGAACACAUUUUUUUCGAUGGUUUUAAGGAUCUGAUGAUCUUAGCAUUGUCGAACAUGAACCUCCAAGGUUCAAUUCCAGAAUCACUAGCCAAGUUACCCAAAAUCCGGGUCCUCCACCUGGAUGGGAACCAGUUUAACGGUUCAAUUCCUGCAAGUUUUGGGGAGCUAGAUGGCCUGAGUGAGCUAAGAUUGGACAAUAAUCAACUCACAGGAGUUGUGCCAUUCAAAAGAGAAAUGGUUUGGAGGAUGAGAAGAAAGUUGAAGCUUUCCAACAACUCAGGGCUCUGCUAUGAUGCCAAAACUGGGCUUGGGGAUGAUCUCGAGGCCAUCUCGGAUUCGGGCAUCGGCCAUUGUGGGAGCCAAGCCACUGAACCAGCAAGAACAGUGGAACAUAUUUCUGCAGUGGAUGAAAGCAUGUUGAGAUCAAGUGUGAAAUCAGGUGGAACAGUAAAGGAAUUAUCACCUCUUAGCUGUCUUCUCCUAGCUGUAUACUUCCUUUAAACACUGAAUUCAUUUCUG